AUGCCUCUCAAUGCUCAGGCUAUCUACCCUGCGGCCGACCCAGAGUUUGUCGCUUUUCCCAGUCGCAGGAGUGUAGUACACAGCACCAAGGGUAUUGUGUCAAGUUCACAACCUCUCGCUUCGAACUGUGGUCUGCGAGUGCUGCAACAAGGUGGAAACUGCGCAGAUGCAGCCGUCGCAGUUGCGGCCGGUCUGAACAUGACCGAGCCCGGUAGCACGGGUAUCGGUGGUGACAUGUUCUGUCUGUUCUACGAUGCAAAGACCAAGCAAGUACAUGCUCUGAAUGGCUCUGGCCGAGCUCCAGGAAACGCAACAUGCGAGAAAGUACGACAGUCACUAGGCAUCAAGGAGGGACAGAACGGCACAAUUCCUAUGCACAGUGCACAUGGAGUCACUGUUCCUGGAGCAGCAGCUGGCUGGGUUGAUGUGGUUGAGAAGUUUGGCAGUGGAAAGUUGAGCAUGGAACAAAUCUUGACACCUGCUAUUGAGUUGGGAGAGCAAGGUUUCCCAGUUUCGGAGAUCAUGGGCUACUACGUGAGCACUCAAUCAAUAUCCUCAACGAGACACUCUGCUAAUACCUUGUGUAGUNGGUCGAAAGCCGAGAAGUCGAUCCGAGAUGCCUCGCCCAACUUCGCCGAGAUGCUCAAGAAAGACCCGAAUGCAAAGGAUGGCUGCCGUGCUCCAAAGCCUGGCGAGAUCAUGCGUAAUCCUACCCUGGCGCAGACCUUCCGUGAGGUUGCCAAACACGGAAAGGCUGGUUACUACACUGGAAGAAUUGCAGAAGAGUUGGUCAAGGUCGUUCAGGAUUUGGGAGGCUUCAUUUCGUUGGAUGAUCUGAAGAACCACAUGGAGAAGGGCAGCGAAGAGGUUGACCCUAUCAAACUCAACUACCGUGGACAAGGCAUCGCAAAGUCACACGGAGACACGAUGCAUGAUAAAAGCUCAGAAGGUGUCGAUGUGUGGGAGCAUCCUCCCAAUGGUCAGGGCAUCGUCGCUCUGAUGGCAUUGGGAAUGCUUCAAGAGUUGGAGAAGGACGGCAAGAUUCCCACAUUCUCCGACAAGGACCACAACUCUGCUGAGCACAUUCACGCUGUUGUCGAGACUCUCCGUAUUGCCUUUGCCGAUGCCAACUGGUGGGUGGCAGACCCUAACGUAGUCAAGGUUCCUUCUCAGGAGCUCAUCUCAGAACAAUACCUGGCCGAGCGUGCUAAGCUCUUCGACCCCAAGAAGGCUGGUGACAUCCCUGACCAUGGUUCUCCCGCCCACAACCACUCCGAUACUGUCUACUUUGCUGCCACUGACAGCGAAGGUAACGGUAUCUCGUUCAUCAAUUCCAACUACGCUGGUUUCGGCACUGCCAUCAUCCCCAAGGGAUGUGGUUUCACCCUCNAAAACCGAGCCUGCAACUUCAUGCUGCAACCAGCAAAUCACCCCAACGUUUAUGCUCCCAACAAGCGUCCUUACCACACCAUUAUCCCUGCUCUGAUCACCAACAAGGCAGACCAAAGUUUGCACUCUGUCUACGGUGUUAUGGGUGGCUUCAUGCAACCUCAAGGACACGUGCAGGUGCUAUUGAACAUGCUCGUCUUCAAGAUGACCCCGCAAGCAGCUCUCGAUGCACCCCGUAUCUGUAUCGGUGCUGGUAUGCCCGACAGUGGAGAUGUCUUUGACAAGACUGUUUACCUGGAAGACGGUAUUUCGGAAGAGACUGCUGAUAAACUGCGUGCCAUGGGUCACAAUGUCGAGAUUAUCAAAGGACAUGGCAGAGGUCUCUUUGGCAGAGGUCAAGUUAUCAGAUGGCAUGUCGACCAUGUCGAGGACCGCGGUGUCUGGAGUGCAGGCAGUGAUCCANGAGCCGACGGUCACGCCGUUCCCUGGAUGUGA